AUGAAGUCUGAGAGAAUUUUGCCUCGCAGUGUUGGCCCUGGGGGAGGAGAAUGGCUGGGCCAGUCCAGCCUCCUCACACUGCUCAGUCACCUCUCCUGCUCCUUCCCAUAUAGGUGUGUCAAAUGUGUCAACAAAUACUCUACCCCCGAGGCCCUGGAGCACCACCUGCAGACCGCCACUCACAACUUCCCCUGCCCUCACUGCCAGAAGGUGUUUCCUUGCGAGCGCUACCUGCGGCGUCAUCUGCCCACGCACGGCAGUGGUAGCAGGUUCAAGUGCCAGGUGUGCAAGAAGUUCUUCCGGCGGGAGCACUACCUCAAACUGCAUGCUCACAUCCACUCGGGUGAGAAGCCCUACAAAUGCUCCGUGUGCGAGUCUGCAUUCAACCGCAAAGACAAACUGAAGAGACAUAUGUUGAUCCAUGAGCCAUUCAAGAAAUAUAAAUGCCCCUUCUCGACACACACGGGCUGCAGUAAAGAAUUCAACCGGCCAGACAAGCUGAAGGCUCAUAUCCUCUCCCACUCUGGCAUGAAGCUCCACAAGUGCGCGCUGUGCAGCAAGUCCUUCAGCCGCCGUGCCCACCUCGCGGAGCACCAGCGUGCCCACACAGGUAACUACAAGUUCCGCUGUGCCGGCUGUGCCAAGGGCUUUUCCCGACACAAAUACCUCAAGGAUCACCGCUGCCGCCUUGGCCCCCAAAAGGAUAAGGACCUGCAAGCCCGGCGGCCCUCCCGGAGGAGGGCAGCACCCCGCAGUGGCAGUGGUGGCGGGCGCAAGGUGGUGACCCCCCUGCCCGACCCGCUGGGGCUGGAGGAGCUGAAGGACACCGGGGCUGGGCCGGUGCCCGAGGCUGCCCCAGGCAAGCCGCCCUUCUCGGAGCCAGAUGCAGUGCUGUCCAUCGUGGUGGGGGGCACGGUGGGGGGCGAACCGGAGCUGGUAGUGCCCGGGCAUGCGGAGAGCCUGGGCUCCAACCUUGCACUGGCAGAACUGCAGGCAGGGGCCGAGGGCCCAUGUGCCAUGCUCGCUGUGCCCGUCUACAUCCAGGCCUCAGAGUGAUGGACCCGCGGUGUUUGCUCCCAGAGCCUGGCCUGAUGCUCACCUGUGGGUCCAGGCCUCAGGGGCCGACGAGAGGUCCUUCCCAAUGGAAGUGAGCCAUUGGCCAAAAUCCUUCUGGAGUGUCCUAUGAACCCUGGCUGUGGCCAGCCUGCUGUGGCUCCUAUUCUGCUGGCUAGCCCUGCCGCAUUCUGGAAUGUGAGGCAGGGCUGCCUACAGCUUCCAGGUAGGGGCACUGGAGAGAAGAGAGCUGGCCAGGCCAGCAGCCCAGGGUCUGGCUGGUCCAGGCUGGUGUCAGCCCACCUAAGAGAGAAGACAGGGUGGUCCUGCCCACCCCUCCUCCGGGCUGUCUUGGUGUGACCUCUGGUCAAGCUGCUUUUCUGGAGGCCUGAAAUGGGUAGAGCCCUUAUCUGCUGGACCUUUUCCUAUACAGUUCCCCGUGGUUUCCACAGAUGACUCUGUGAUGUAGGCAUUUAGGCGGCACUCAAGUGUCACGGCUAGAGUGCAGCUGUCAGUCAGAUUUGGCUUCAAAUCUAAGCACUGCUACUCACUUGCUGUGUGACCUUGGGUAUGUCACUUUACUUCUCUGAGCCCUCAUCUGUACGUUUCUCAUCUGUACAAUGGGACAUAUGACAUUUCGACCUCAUAGGGCUGUCAUGGGGAUCCAGUAUGGCGAAAUGUGCAAAGGACUUGGCAUAGUGCUUGGCACUUGGAAAGUACUGAAUAAAUGUUUUUAUGGAAAUGUGUGUCCAGUGGCUCAGGCCGGAGCCUUGGCAGUUUCCUUCUUUGCCCGUAGGUGGCAGCACUCCCUCCAAAGUGUUGGGGGACUGAGAGGUCCCAUGGCCCCUUGCACACAGCUGUGCUGCUCCAUUAGCCAUGAGAGGUUUGGUGCUCCCAUAUUUCAGAACAUGGCCAUGGAAAGGGUUUAUACUCACUUUUGAAAAUGCAGGAUCCCGGGCCUUGCCCCAAACCCUUUGGCAUCAGAAACUCUGAUCAGAGCCAGAGGUCCAUCUCAAGCAGGUCUCUAGAAUCCGUAGUUGCCCCCACCGCCAGCACUCUGUCCCCACUCCCCAGCUAGUCCAGAGGAGAAGCAAACCAGGCUUAUUAGGAGGCAGGGAAGAGAAAAGGGGCCUUGGCCAGUGUUUCCUCAUUUCUAUUCACAGCCACACUGUCUCAGUGAUAGGAGACGAAACUGAGGCUCGAGAAGGGACAGGGCAGGAUGCAGCAGAUCUGUUGGACUCAGUUUGAUAUGUUCCCUUGAAGGCUGGCACGUCCCUCAGAUAUCUGUGCUGGGGCUCUGGGCUGGAGCUCAAAGCAAGCCCAACUUCCCCUCAGGAAGGGUAUGAUGCAGGAGGAAGGACCAAUGAGAAAGUGGUACACAGCUGAGGCGGUGAGAGCUGUUAAGUGCACCUAGCCUUCAAGGCCAGAGGAGGGAGUGGUGAGGACAGAAAGUCUCUUCACGGGAGGUCACAUUUGAGCUGGUCCUUGACACAGAAUGUUUUGAUGGGUGGAUAAAUAGGGAAAGGCAUGUCAGGGAGAGCAAAACAUGAGCAAAGCCUUCAAGUUACGACAGUUCUGGGGCUGGUGAAUGAUCCAGGAUGACCAGAGAUCUGGGGGUAGUGGUUAGAUCAUAAUAAUCGCUAAUAUGUUUCAAGCUUCCACAUGAUGGACACUGCACAUAGCGCCUCAGCCCCAUCAGGUGAGAAUUGUUAAUUUCCUUAUUUUACAGAUGAGGAAACAGAGGCGCAGAGAGGCAGAGCUCCUUGCCCAAAGCUCACACAGCUAGUAAGUCACAGAGCUGGGAUUCAGGCUGGGGUGGCCUGCGUCUGUGUGCUGUUAGCCACUUUGCUGUAUUGAAAUAUAAGUUGAUGUUGAAUCAGAGAUAUCCUUGGAUGUUGGGUUAAGGAAUUUGGACUUUAUUCUCUACAAAAUGGAGGAGUCAUUAAACAUUUUUAAAAAUUGUGACAUUAAAGAAAAUGUUAAAAACGUCUCCAUCCUAAUAAAACUACUUAAGUUAUA